AUGAGUGUGGCGUCUUCUUACAAUCUUCCUACAUGGGACCAGGAUUUCGAUAAUAUCUCCGACGACGAAGACUACCCAAACGAAGAUUUCAGUCAAGAAAGACCAAUUCGCCGAUAUCAGACCUACUUAGGAUCUAUUUGGCAGUUUGGCGUAUUUCCCUUUCGACGUUCUAACAUUGUCAGCUCGAUGGAAGCUCACUGCCUUGCAGAUGCGUUAUCAAGACUUCCGGUACCUGGAAUUAAUCCAACAUCGUUCGAAUCCGAAGCCAGUUUAGUUAUUAAUCAGAUCGUUUCUGAAACUAUUGAAAAUUUGGCUCCAACUUCUCAGUUAAUUCGUUCGAGAACAUCUUCAGAUCCGAUUUUGCAACAGAUCGUUUGUUUUAUUGCUCAAAAUUGGCCAUUGAAGAAAGAUGUUUCAGACGAAAUUAUGCCGUUUUUCAAUCGAAGAGAUUUAUUAUCGUACGAGCAAGGAAUCGUUAUGCUUGGAAGUCGAGUUGUUAUUCCUGCAACUUUACAGAAACCAGUACUUGAAAAAUUACAUUACACACACCCUGGUAUAAACGCUGUAAAAUCUUUGGCGAGAACAACGGUGUGGUGGCCAAAUUGUGAUAACGACAUCGAAAUAUUCAUAAAACGUUGUGAACAUUGUCAACGAGCUGGUCCAAGGGAACCAUCCACCCCCCUCAAUUUAUGGAAUACUCCUGAAGAAUCGAUGGAGCGAAUCCAUAUUGACUUUACAGGACCAUACCAUGGGUUUAUAUGGUUCGUUAUCAUUGACGCAUUCUCCAGAUGGAUGGAAAUUUUUGUAUUAAAAACUGCUACAACAGAGACAGCAAUCGGGAAAUUACGUCCGUUUUUCGCUACAUUCGGUUUGCCGGCGCAAAUCGUGGCUGAUAAUGGAGCCCAAUUCCGAUCGAACGAAUUUAAACAAUUUUGUUUAUCGAAUUGCAUCAAGUUGAUUUUUACUACUCCAUAUCAUAGUCGCUCGAAUGGUUUAGUCGAACGUGCAAUUCGCACCUUUAAAUGGCGCUAUGAUAAAAUGUCUAGCGAUCCGAGAUACAACGGAUCACCGUAUGAUCGGUUACAGGAGCUACUGUUUGUGUACAGAACGACUGAACACAAUACUACUGGGCGUACGCCUGCUGAAAUGUUUCUUGGACGGAAGUUAAAUACAGUAUUGGACUUACUACAUCCGUGUGUCCGUAAGGAUAUUCAUCAAAGACAAUUCAGUACCAAAGACAACAGGGAUCAAUCAUUCAAAGAUCGCGAAUUCGAAGUCAACGAUACUGUCUACGUACGACGUCCAAUAGACACAAAUUGGACACCUGCAACGAUAGCCACACGUUCAACGCCGCUAUCAUGUACGUUAGACGACGGCCGACGCAUUCAUGCCGAUCAUCUGAAAACCAGAAUCAAAACUCCGGCUCCAGAUACUCGAACAGAAGAUUCUAUCAUCGAAGAAUCGCCGAUUCCUUCUAAUUCGACCAAUGAAUCGGUAACUCAGACUCCCACAAUUCGGAGAAACUCUCAGAGAACUACGCGACGACCGCCAAGACAUUUUCAAGAUUUCGAAAUUAAUUAG